UCCAGGUUGGUUCAGUGUGUAGCAGAAGUGUUACGUUUUUGUUUACUGUAGCUCUUUGGAGGAUCUUUGACUGAAGCCCAAUAGAUAUACAAGAGGUGGUUUCUGACAUUCGCGCGUUGAAGUUUUUCGUUUUUUAGUGUGUUUACUGCAGCGUUGUGUUGGUGUAGUGUGCACAGCAAGAAGCAAAGGCAUAAAAAACAAAGAUCUUACUUACCUGUUCUUUCCCAUUUAUCUACGACACGUUGUGCUCGGGAAAGAUCUGCGGGGCUUGGUUGAGACCUUUAAGGUGUGUGUGGAACGUUUCGGCUGCCUACUUCUUGGUUUGCUUCUUGCUCGGUUUCCGUCGACAGUACACAUGUAAUUAUUUACCAUCCCGAGAGCUUAUAUGCGGUUGAUUUUAUAAGUGAAUGGAGAACGAGUCUUUUAGCAGAUUGAAGAGCUUUUAUUAAUUGCUUUUUUUUACGUGGGGUUAUCGAGCAGAGAAGCCCAAUUUUGACCGAGGCGGAGGUCAAAUAAAAUGACAUCAUGUGUAGAGAAAUAGCUGUCAGGGUUUGGGCCCUAAGGAUUGGCGAAGUUGCGGUGUAAUCAAUCGGAAACUUCAAAGUUGACAAACAAAUAAACAACUUGAAAGUGAUUGGAAGGCGUGUGUAGCAAGAGUGUCAACAGGUGACCCCUUGUCAGUGCGGUUUUUGUUUGUGGAACACGCGUGAAAGCGAAAGAGUGGUCAACGCGAACGCGGCAGCGGACCGAGAACUGAUUUGAAUGAGGCGCAAAGCAAAAACCUGAUUUUCAUUCAUAAAGAGAUUUCGAAUCACAGCGGAGAAUCGCGAGAAGAUAGCAGCAAACACAGCACUAAACAGAGCGUCCCGCCAACCGCGGCUAUAACUCCAUCAUUGAACCCCUAGAGUGUUGUACUCCAUAGAGGCCACUAGAAAUGUGGAAUAGAGAAUGAAACCGCAGCAAACACAAAUAGCCGAGUGGUACAUUUCUAUUAUACAAUGUAUUUAGAGCUCACGGCUAAUUAGUAAUUCAAUUGCGGAAUUUGUGUGUGAGAGUGAGGGAGAGAGAGAAGAAGAGAAAAAACCGAGAUAAAGCUAGCCUGAAAAAGACUUGCACUAGUGCGACUUUUUGUGGUCGAAAACGGUGUAGGGGUCGAGUUUUGGGUUGUACUUUCUGAGAAGAUUAAUUAAUGCGUGACCGCUACAGAAAUUCCUGAACCAGACCCGACGAUAGCGGCAAGCGGCAGAAGUUUAACAGAAACAAAAACCCCGUAGAAACGAUAUUUUGUGCGUUAGGUUGGUGACUAUUGCUGGCGGCAGCCGCAGACUAAACGGGUGGUUUGCGAACCGUGAAAUGGAAAACGAAGUGAAGCUCGUGUUCUUGAAAUUUUGAUUGUUUUAUAUUGUGUUCCAUUAAGACGCCAGAGGGUAGGCCUGCGCUUGAGCGACAAUUAUCCAGAUCUGUGUGCAAACAGACGGCGACAACGACGGCGACGACAUUUGGUGCGUACCUCUAACUUAGUGAUAACCGUCCAAGAGAAGUGCGUGAAGAAGACCGAAACGGAAUCAGGUGCCCGGUGGGUGUAGGCUGGCGAUCUGAACCGUUGUGUUUUGCCAGCAGAAAAUGAGGGACAAAAUGUGGCUACGAAGCUGUAAACUGGUCGCAGUUUCACUGCUGAUUGUGGUGGAACUGGUUGGCCAAGGAAGCUGCUAUCUCAAGGAUAACACCUACAAGCAUGAGGAUAACGAAAUGAGAGUUUGCAUCGGUACCAACGGUCGUAUGUCGGUGCCAUCGAACCGCGAGUACCACUUCAAAAACCUGCGCGAUCGGUACACCAACUGUACCUACGUGGACGGCAAUCUGGAGAUCACCUGGAUACAGAACACUUCGUACGACCUGGGCUUCCUGCAGCACAUCCGCGAGGUGACCGGAUACGUGCUGAUCAGUCACGUGGACAUUCCACAGGUCAUCCUGCCCCGGCUGCAGAUCAUCCGCGGCCGGACGACGUUCAAACUGAAUAAGUGGGAGGACGAGUUUGGGUUGUUUGUAUCCUUCUCGCAGAUGAACACCUUGGAGAUGCCCGCUCUGCGGGAUAUACUGAGUGGAUCGGCCGGCGUGUUCAACAACUACAAUCUGUGCCACGUGAAGACUAUCAACUGGGAGGAAGUUCUUUCCGAACCCAAAGCACACUACCGAUAUACGUACAACUUCACUUCGCCCGAACGGGACUGUCCGCAGUGUCACCACAGUUGCGAAGCUGGAUGCUGGGGCGAGGGAGCGCACAACUGUCAAAAGUUCAGCAAAUUGAACUGUUCUCCUCAGUGCUCCCAGGGGCGCUGUUUCGGUUCCAAGCCGCGCGAAUGUUGUCAUCUGUUCUGCGCUGGAGGUUGCACCGGUCCUACACAAAAAGACUGCUUAGCUUGUAAGAAUUUCUACGACGAUGGCGUGUGCAAACAGGAGUGUCCACCCAUGCAAAGAUACAAUCCAACCAACUAUCUCUGGGAACCGAAUCCAGGAGGCAAGUACGCUUACGGUGCAACCUGCGUCCGCAACUGUCCGGAACAUCUGCUGAAGGAUAACGGAGCGUGUGUGCGUACGUGUCCACCGAACAAAAUGGCCCAGAACGGAGAGUGCGUUCCGUGCAACGGAGCCUGUCCGAAAACGUGCCAGGGUGAGGGAAUCGUCAACUCAGGAAACAUAGACAAAUACAAAGACUGCACCAUCAUCGAGGGUUCGCUAGAAAUUCUGGAUCAAACGUUCGACGGCUACCAGCAGGUGUUUUCCAACUUCUCGUUCGGACCGCGCUACAUCAAAAUCCACCCGGACCGGCUGGAGGUGUUCUCGACGCUGAAGGAGAUCAGCGGAUUCAUCAACAUUCAGGGCGAUCAUCCGGACUUCAAGAAUUUGUCCUACUUCCGCAAUCUGGAGGUCGUUGGCGGCCGGCAGCUGAAGGAAAAUCUUUUUGCGUCCGUGUAUAUUGUGAAGACAUCUCUACAUUCCCUUGAGCUGAAAUCGCUGAAACGGGUUAACUCGGGAGCCAUCGUCAUACUGGAGAAUGUACACCUGUGCUAUGCACAGGGCAUCGACUGGUCGAAGAUUAAGAAGUCUGCCGAUCACGAAAGUGUGAUCAUGUCCAACCGAAAUACUACUGUUUGCCAAAACGAAGGCAUGUUUUGUGACGAACAGUGCACCAGCGCUGGUUGCUGGGGAAAAGGACCGGAACAAUGUCUGGAGUGCAAGAACUUUGUCUACAAGGGCAAAUGCCUUGAUAGUUGCAAGAGCCUGCCGAAAAUCUACCAAGUCAACACGAAAACCUGCGGCGAUUGCCACCAGGAAUGUUCGGACUCUUGCUACGGUCCCAAUGCAGACAACUGCGGCUCCUGCGUGAACGUGAAGGACGGAAAAUACUGCGUCUCUGAAUGUCCCUUCACCAAGUACAACCUGAACGGGACCUGCGUUGCUUGUCAUAAAACGUGUCUCGGUUGUACGGGACCCCGGGAUACGAUCGCAGCCGGUGGCUGCAUUUCUUGUGACCGAGCCAUUAUGCGCAGCGACGGUACUGUGGAACGCUGUCUCAUGAAGGAUGAACCCUGUCCAGACGGCUACUACAGCGAACGAGUCGAACAGGACGAAGGUCCACUGAAGCAACUGUCCGGUAAAUCGGUCUGCCGCAAGUGCCAUCCACGGUGCAAGAAAUGUACCCAGUAUGGAUUCCACGAGCAGGUCUGCCAGGAAUGUGCAAGCUACAAACGGAGCGAACAGUGUGAAGACGAGUGCCCGACCGAUCACUACGUGAACGAGACUUCGCGCGAGUGUCUGCCGUGUCAUUCGGAGUGCCGUGGCUGUCGAGGUUCCGGUGAGGAUCAGUGCGUCGACUGUCGCAACCUGAGAUUGUACGAUGGCGACCCAACCGACAACUCGACGGCAUUUAACUGCACCUCUAGCUGUCCGCCAAGUCACCCGUACAAAAACUUGUGGCCAGAAAUAAACAAAAUAGGCCCCUACUGUUCGGCAAACCAGGUCCAGAGUGGAUAUCAGCUGGAAGCAACCACGAAACCUAUUGUAAUGUUCGGCUUUCUGAUUGGAUUGGUCGCCGUGGGAUCAUUCGGGCUGUGUGUUAUAUUGUUGUAUUGCAAACAGAAAAACAAAAAGGAAGCGGUCAAAAUGACAAUGGCUUUGGCGGGCUGUGAAGAUUCGGAACCACUUCGUCCGACUAAUGUGGGACCGAAUUUAACCAAACUGAGGAUCAUCAAAGAGGCGGAGAUUCGACGCGGUGGUAUCCUUGGCAUGGGAGCUUUUGGCCGCGUGUUUAAAGGUGUCUGGAUGCCGGACGGCGAGAGCGUGAAGGUGCCUGUUGCCAUCAAGAUUUUGAUCGAAAUGUCUGGAGCUGAAUCCAGUAAGGAAUUCUUGGAAGAAGCGUACAUAAUGGCAUCGGUCGAACAUCCAAAUCUUCUGAAGCUUCUGGCGGUGUGCAUGACUUCGCAGCUCAUGUUGGUUACCCAGCUUAUGCCUCUGGGGUGUUUGCUGGAGUACGUUCGGAAUAAUAAGGAUAAAAUUGGUUCCAAGGCGUUGCUCAACUGGUCUACACAAAUUGCGCGCGGUAUGGCUUAUCUGGAGGAGCGACGAUUGGUGCACCGGGAUUUAGCGGCUCGCAAUGUGCUGGUACACAACCCUUCUAGUGUAAAGAUCACCGAUUUUGGACUCGCUAAGCUACUGGAUUACGAUUCGGAUGAGUAUCGUGCAGCGGGUGGUAAAAUGCCCAUCAAAUGGUUAGCUCUGGAAUGCAUUCGUCAUCGUGUGUUCACCAGUAAAAGUGACGUGUGGGCCUUCGGUGUCACUAUUUGGGAGCUGCUAACGUACGGAGCUAGACCUUGGGAUAAUGUUCCAGCGAAAAACGUCCCGGAACUGAUUGAAAAGGGAGAGAAACUUCCGCAGCCCAGUAACUGCUCACUGGAUAUCUAUUGUAUUUUGCUUUCCUGCUGGGUGCAAGUCGCUGACGCUCGUCCAACUUUCAAAAGUUUGGUCGAAAAGUUUGCCGAUAUGGCAAGAGAUCCAGGCCGUUACCUGGCGAUUCCUGGAGAUAAAUUUAUGAGACUGCCGUCCUACACUAAUCAGGACGAAAAAGACUUGAUCCGUACGCUUGCUCCCGCGGCAGAUCUUCCGGGAACUAUCGUCGAAGCUGAUGAAUACCUCCAGCCAAAGAUGAGGCCUGCCAUAAUGCUUUCCCCGCAGACGGCCGAACCGGUCGAAGAGAAACCAAAAGGUCUUCGCUUCAGUCGAGGUGCUCUCAAACCGGACGACGAAACGGAUUGCAAUGCCCGUGAAGUCGGUGUCGGCGGAAUUCGGCUCAAUUUGCCAUUGGACGAAGAUGACUAUCUGAUGCCAACUUGCCAAAGUCAGGCACCGUCGGUACCCGGUUAUAUGGACCUGAUCGGUGUCCCCGCUAGUGUUGAUAAUCCCGAGUACCUGAUGGGAUCGGCCGGUAGCAACGUCAGCACCGGACUGCCUACGCCGCCUCCGAUGAGUCCAAGCGUCAGUGGUAUCUGCAUGGCAAUCCCCUCCAGUCCUGUUUGUAGUAUAGCUCCCAGCAAUCAUAGCACCGUUAUCGUUAGCACUAAUCCCACUCCUGCUGCGACCAUCCCCAAUAACAAUAUCAGCAACAACAACAACAACAAUAAUAAUAACAAUAACACCAUCGUUGCCAAUAAUGCCAAUAAAGGAGAAGCUAUCCAGCUGCAGCAUACUACGCUCCAUGAGCCUCAAGCUGCACCGCCCACACAAACACUGGGCAUUCCGCUGUCCCCUACCGAAACGGAGACCACCUCCGAGCAUGAGUACUACAACGACCUGCAGCGGGAGCUGAUACCGUUGCAUCGUAAUGAAACUACUGUAUAAUAGUGAUCCGGCUAAUCAGCUAAAUUGUACAGAACUGACUAUUUUUUUAUCUUAAAAGCCGAUGCAAGUCGAACGCUUUGAAAUACGCAAAACAGUUCAAAUUGUUAUUAUUUCAUAAGUGCCUUCUAUAACGUGUAGAAAAUUUCAAUGCCUAGCUGAUAGUGAAGAAAUAAGAUCAAAACCAUGGUGUGUAGAGAAUGGCGCAACGAGAUGUCAAUUUCAUCAACUCGGUACACCUAUUACUCUACGCGUCAUGAUCAAAUCGAACGUGCCUUUCCCAAUCAAGUAGCCAUCGGCUGAGAAAAAGGUGGCUACUGAUCAAUUGUAAAUAACAUAUAGAAGGUAAAAAUCGACAUAUCGAAACAAAAACAUAGCUCUGAAGAAUAAUUACAUAGCUAGUACUUAUUAUAUGAGGUUUUAUACGAGGUUUUUAGAUUAUACUAGGGAGAGUCGGAACGAAAGAGUGUGAACCAAGUACAAUGAAACAAGAUUUUUUUCGCGAUGGGUUAGCCAAUUCCCAGAUGUAGCAAACGUCAAAUGGUUUAGGUUACGAACAACAUUAUCAAAAUUCUUUAUAUUUUUUAUAUUUCAUUCAAAACACCUGUGAUAUUAUUAUUAAAUAAUCGAUUGUCAAACUUUACAAACUACUUUCUUCCGAGACCAGGGUUCAAAAAUAAAGCAAUAGCGUCUAGCUGUUAGGAAAAUAUUCGAUUUCAUACAUUCGCGAUAUAUAACAACGUCUAAUGAAACUAACGAAAUACGCAACCGCUACUUCUCUGCUUAUUUUAAAACUAAACCAACAUUGCUAAUUAAUCGAAGGACAUAUACACACAUUUCCAAAAGUUAAGCUGUUUACUUGGAAUCUCCUCAUCAACUACGAGUGCAUAAUUAGCACAACACAGUACAUAAUCAAGUGUUAUUUUCAUACUUCAGGCCGCGUACUAUUCAUAUGACGUUAAAAUUUAGUUCACUGUAAAUAUGUAAGGAAAAAACCUAUCCUGUAUGCUCUUACUUACUCAUUCAACGAAAAGUUCGCUGAACAAAUGAAACGGAAAAGCAAUACCGACCGUCGCGCCAUAUCGUCGUGGUCGCGGUCCGCGUCGACUUCAGAAACGGAGUGACAACGAAUUGUAAUAUAGCGUAGCAGCAGUAGCAGUGAAACAGCCGGUCAGAAACCCCCUUUCUAAUCGUCGUUUAGUGCUAAGGAGAUGUAAACUGUUAUACUUCGUGCCAUGUUUCGUACAUGAAAUAAACUAAAAGAAAACCGGUCUGAAAGCUGGCGUAGCAAAGAAUAAUGCAUUUUCGCACGUGCGUGGAAACGUGCCGGGGGGGCACGUGUGUGCGUGUAAAAAUGGAACAUACACAACGUAACGGACGGCACAUCCUUUUAGUUAAAAUACUUUUUGUUGAAGAUUUUAAGUUAUCGAUAUUUUUUAAAUGCUAGAAUUAAAGGUAAAAUAUUCAAAAACAAGAA